AUGCGUCAAACCUACCUCCUCGCGGGCAUUGUAGCCCUAACGUUCGACCUGGCACUCGCUCAACCGUCUCAGAAUUGGGGACCGCGGAAGUUCAAAAGCCUGGUGACCUUCGGGGACAGCUACACUGAUGAUUCUCGACUGGGCUACUUUGCCAGUCACAAUGGAUCAGCACCCCCGGUAGGAUGGGUGCAGCCGGAGAGCAACGCCUCCGCAUCAGGCGGGUACAAUUGGGGCCAUUUCGUGGCGCAAACCGCGCACGUCAAUCGGUAUAAUUACGCCGUCAGCGGCGCCGUGUGCUCGAAUGAGAUCACGCCCCGGGAAUUCGCCGCUAUCAACGCGCCAUUCCCGUCUGUGCUGGAGUAUGAAAUCCCGGCAUUCCUAGCAGACAGCAAAUACAGCCGCGCCGGAAAGAAGUUCCUCGACAUCCCGCCCAAGGAGACUGUGUAUGCGAUCUGGAUCGGGACCAACGAUAUCGGCAACGAUGCCUUCAUCACUGACUCGCAGGUGAAAGGCAAGACGAUCCCCGAUUACAUCGAGUGUAUCUAUGCCUCGCUGGACCAGGUGUAUGAUAAUGGGGGGAGGUACUUUGUCCUCAUGAACCUUGCCCCGUUGCAGUUGGCGCCGCAGUACGCGACGCCUGAGAAUGGGGGCGUGCGCAGGAGUGGGUUCUGGAAGGAUAAGCCGGAGAAUACCACGCAGGUCAGCUAUCGGAUGUGGGAGCAGGUGAGUACGGCGAACGACGUGUUUCAGUAUAAAACGCCCUUUGAGGUGCGUAUCGCGCGACGGUAUCCCGGGGCCAAGUUUGCUGUGAUGGAUACGUUUGGAUUGUUAUCUCACGUGUAUGAGAACCCAACGGACUACUUCCACGGUAGUGCCCCGGCCAAUGUCACCGGGUUCACGAAACAAUGUGACGAGACCGGCGGGAACUGCAAGUUGGCUCCUAGCCCCGAGUCGUAUAUGUGGUAUGACGAGCUGCAUCCGUCCGAGCGCACGAGCGAAAUCCUCGCGCAAGAGUUUGUGCAGGUGGUUCAGGGGGAGAGCAAGUGGGCGGCGUAUUGGUAA